AUGCCACCCAAGCACUCGCGCCCUCUCGUACGCACCCUCUCCUCAUCCAGCGCAUCCUCCUCCCAACCUGCCUCGUCCACCCGCACAAAGAAGCUCAAGCAGAACAAGCUCGACUUUUCCUUCCACUCCACCUCCUCCUCGUCAACAGCAUCGCGUCCGCUCACCAAAACACCGUCCUUCAGCCUACCAUCCACCACCACCACCACCAACAAUGGAAAGGAAAGGGCCAACGACACAGUCCAGCUUCAUCCAUCUGCACUUCCCAAAGCUGCCCUGGACGACGAAUCGACGCUCCCGUAUGACGACACUGUCCUGUGGUCCGAACGUCUGGCUCCACAAAAUAGCGAAGAGCUCGCCGUACAUCCGCGCAAGGUAGCCCAGGUGCGCACAUGGCUUCAAGAGGCAUUCUCCAACAAGUCCGCCUUGGCGAAGCACCGCAAGCUGCUCGCCCUCACCGGACCUGCGGGCUCGGCAAAAUCAGCCACAAUCAAGGCACUCGCAUCGCCAGCCGACCUCGACUACGACAUCCUCGAGUGGCACAACGACACACCCUCCUUCGACCCGACUUCUGCUUUCGUGCCAGGCUCCUCCUUUGUCGACCGCUUCACCGACUUCCUCUCCAAGGCGGCCAAGUUCCCUUCGCUCCAGCUCCAGUCUUCCAGCCAUGCCGACACACACGAAGCGAGCGCAGAUGCUUUCGCCUCUUCCUCGCUCGACACGCUCGACUCGUCAGCUGCGGCCGCCAAGCGCAACAGACUCAUCCUCCUUCAGGACUUGCCCAACCUUCAUCAUGCUCCCACCCGCACCCUCUUCCAGGCUGCCCUCGACCAGCACCUCGCCCAGUCCACACUGCUCACCUCGCGCGGCGUGCCCAACGUGCCCAUCGUCAUCAUUGUCACCGAAUCGGCGCCUCGCGAGGACGAAGAUGGCUGGGUCGCAGGCGCUUCCUCCAGCACGUGGCGCGACAGAAUCGCCUCCAUCGUCGAUACCCGCACCGUGCUCGGCGAGCGCAUUCGUCGCAACCCCGCAUAUGCAGAGGUGCGCUACAACCCCAUAGCGCCCUCGAUCCUUCUCAAGGGCCUCAAGAGAGCCUUCGACCAAGCGCCCGCUCAGCUUUUGCGGAAGAGCAAGACAAAGGCUGGUCUGGACAAGCACAUCCUCGAUCUGCUCAGUGCCAUUGCCAACGAUGCCAAUGGCGACCUCAGGGCCGCGCUCAACUGUCUCCAGUUCAUGGGUGCAAGUCGGCGUCAGCUCGACCACAUGGCGAAAGAAGCGGCAAACAAGCCUGGGCGGCGGGGUCGCACAGGCGUCGGACGCAUGCUGCCGCUCGUGGCGGGGCGCGAGAGCUCGCUCGCCUUGUUCCAUGCGCUCGGCAGGGUGCUGUAUAACAAGCGCGCGGGAGAUCCGGGCGAAGAAGCCGCCUCCACCUCGACCAACUCGCUCGUCGAGGAUGAUGCCGAAUCGGACAGCGACGACGAUGCAGAACACGCCGAAUUGCGAAGUCGGCUCCGGCGUGCAAUGCAGUCGAUCGUCGAGUCGGGCGCGUCCGACCAGCCGAGCGCGUGGAAGCUGCCCGCCCAUCUGUUGCACAUGGAGCGCGGUGUAUCGCGCGUCAAUGUCGACCAGCUCUGGGCCGAUCUGCCCGUGGAUGCAUCGCUCUUCGCGCUCUACCUCCACCAGAACGCGGUGCAGUUCUGCAGCGACGUCGAGCAGUGCGAAGCGGUCGAGGAGGCGUUUAGUGCAGCCGACACCAUGGCACCGCUGCACGAGCAGCUGCGGCAUUCGGCCGUGGUGGCCUACUAUGCGUUCGGCAUCGCCACGCGCGGCGUGCUGCUCGGUCUGCCCAGUCCCGUGCCGCGCACGGGACAGAAGCUCGGCAAAGCCGCGUGGUGGGAUGUGCACAAAAAGCUCGCCGAGGUCAUGCGCGCUGUAGAAGAGCUACGCGCACCUGCUUUGUCGAAAAGGCCCGCGCUGGGUGAGGAGCAGGGUUCAGGCCCGCGCCUGAGGCGUACGCAGUUCGGCAACCCCGCCAGUGGUGUAGACGGCUUCGAGCGUGCCGAUGCCGGGCUGGGAGAUGAGGCGGCUUCGUCGGUGGUGUCGACGAGCAAUGGCGUGACGCUCGUUACCGAGGUGUUGCCGCUGCUCGCCAAGAUCCGGCCCGGCGGUACAGCCGAGCAGCUAUGCAGGCUGCGCUUCGACCGUGCCGGCGUUGCUGAUAUCGCAUCGAGCGUCAUGGACCAGCACGACACCGGUCUCGACGCCACGGACCAGAACGAAGAAUCGACGGCACAGGAGGAAACGCAGAGCAAGAGGAUCAGACUGCAGGAUGUGCGCGAUGAGCCCGAUGUGGUCGAUGCGGGCGAGCUGUCGGAUGAUCAAAUCGCCGACUUUUAG